AUGGAGGUAACCACCUUAGUAGGGGCUCUGCUGAGGAAGGCUGGGGCUGUAAAGCUCAAGGCAGAUGAGGCCAAGACUCAGCUUGCCAAGUUGAAGGAGAAGAGUGCAAGUUGGGAGAGUGCCGACGCUGAUCUGCAAGCGAUCAAGGUGGAGCUGGAGAACACACGCCGUCAGGUUGUGUCGCUCGAGUUCCAACUGGCUGGCGAGCAGAAGAGGUUGGAUGAGACCCGAAAAGCCUGCACGGUCGCGAUCGAACGACAUGUAGAGGCAAUGAUCAAUAAUGAAGAGCUGGUCAGGCAAAAGGAUGAGGCAGACGUGAAGAUUAGCGAGAGAGCGACGGCGACUGCUAAGAGGGAGACCUUAAAGAAGGAGUUGGAGGCAGAGAAGGCCAAGGCAGCCUCUGAAACGGCGACCCUGCGGAAGGAGCUGGAGGAAGAGAGGGCGAAGACAGCCUCUGAAAGGGCGGCUUACCCCAAUCUGUAUGUGGCAGCAGUGGAUCAAUUCAAGGGGUCUGCUGAGUUUCAGAUGGCAGUGGAUGCCGCGGUCGCCAGCAGCUUGGUAACGGAGGAGUCUAGAGGGGCGGGCCCAUCGAGGAUGACCGUUGGGGGCAAAACUGAAGCGGAAGUGAUUGAGAGCUUCCAACAGUCAAACUUCUAUAAACACGAAAUAGCUGAGUUCUGA